CCGGUGCGGGCUGAUUUCAGGCAGUUGUUAUAGUGAGAUAGAAGCCUGGGCUGCUGGGAAUCAUGGUUUGGUGCUGCCGGCCGCUGCUCAGGAAGUAUGGGAAUUUCAUAGACAACCUGAGAAUCUAUGUUAAAGGUGGUGCCGGUGGAAUGGGCCUUCCCCGUUUAGGAGGUCAAGGAGGGAAAGGAGGUGAUGUUAAGCUGGUGGCAAAAAAAGAAGUUACUUUAAAGAAAAUCAAAGACAAGUUUCCUCAUAAGCGCUUCAUUGGUGGGGUUGGAGGCAACAGCAGUGUGCGGGCACUGAAGGGCCAGCCAGGGGAGGUCUGUCAGGUAGAAGUUCCUUCUGGAAUUGUCAUUACAACUGAGCAUGGAGUCAAAAUUGGGGAGCUAGAUAAGGAGGGAGACGAAAUCCGAGUAGCCAGAGGUGGGCAAGGUGGUGUUUUCCAAACAGAUUUCCUGCCGUCUAAAGGACAGAAAAGAAUAAUCCAUCUUGACCUGAAACUUAUUUCUGACGUUGGAUUAGUAGGGUUCCCCAAUGCAGGAAAAUCCUCUCUGCUCAGCAGAAUUUCCCACGCUAAACCCCAGGUUGCAGAGUAUGCGUUCACAACUGUGAAACCAGAGCUGGGUAGAAUUAUGUAUCCUGAUUAUAAGCAGAUUUCAGUUGCUGAUCUGCCGGGUUUAAUUGAGGGGGCUCAUUACAACAGAGGGAUGGGACACAAGUUUCUGAAGCACAUUGAAAGGACAAGGCAACUUCUCUUUGUUGUGGAUGUGGCAGGAUUUCAGCUCUCCGCCAGUACACCGUACAGAUCUGCUUUUGAAACAGUCCUGCUACUGACAUUGGAGCUACAGUUAUACAAGCAGGAGCUUCUAGAUAAACCGGCCCUACUCGCAGUCAAUAAGAUGGACCUACCGAAUGCGAAUGAGAAAUUUGAAGAAUUGUUAAAGCAACUUGAAAAUCCUGCAGGAAACUUCCAUUUGCUGCCGGAUGAGCUGGUACCAGAAAGGCCCAUAGAGUUUAAGCACAUCAUUCCUGUUUCGGCUGCGACUGGUCAAGGACUGGAGAAUCUCAUCGGGUGCAUUAGAAAGACAAUGGAUGAACAGGCCGAUAUGGAAAUCAGAGAACUGGCUCAGGAGAGACUUCAGAGUCUCCAGAAAGAGACAUCACGGACUGUGAAAAGAAACCUUAAAAAUUCCCCACAGCGCACACACCACUGACUCCUGCCUAGACUCAAGCACCAUGUUGUGCAGUACAAGUGCCCUCCAAUAAAGCUUUUGUUACUAUUUA